AUGGGCGAUGGCAGUAUCACUCCCCGGCUCGGCAACAUGAAGGCUCUGCUUGGGAUCGUUGCCGGAGCUGGAGCUUCCUACGGGAUUUACAAGCUUAUCAGCGGAGGCAACUUCAAGAGGAACAAGAAAAGCGCCACCGGUGAGAGCCCUGCUGUCAGGAGCAGUCAGCCCGGGGAUGGUGCCCCCCAGCCGGGCAGCCUGCUGGCUAAAGUGUCCGGACUGGAUGUUGUGUGUCCACGACCUGCGGAUGCUGCAUCAGGGGGCAUCAUCCACCAGUCCCCUGGAAACCUGCAGCCCCAGCACCUGAAAAUGCUGCUGUCAUGUCUGCAGAGCAGCAAUAAUCCCUCUGACAGAUGUCGGAUUCUACUCACGUUAGGAAACGCUGCUGCCUUCACUGUGAAUCAGAACCAAAUACGGGAGUUUGAAGGGAUUCCUAUCAUAGCUGGUUUCCUCUCAGAUCCCACUGCAGAGGUUCGAGUGCAGACUCUGACUGCUUUAAAUAAUCUCUGUAUGAACAUCCAGAACCAGGAGCAAAUAAAGGUUUAUGUGCCUCAAGUGCUGGAACUGAUAGAGAUGUCCCCGGUGAAUUCCGACCUUCAGCUUGGAGCUCUCAGGCUGCUGACAAACCUUUCAGUCACAGACAAACACCAACACUUGCUAAAAGGAUCAAUUACACUUUUACUUUCUCUUGUUGUUGUGAGCAAUGAAGUAUUACAGGUUCAGGCUUCUAAGGUCCUUGUGAAUUUAUCCUCUAAUCCAGAUAUGAUGGAUGACAUUGUUCAAGCUCAGGCUCCAGCUUCUGUUGUGCUGCUAUUUGACGCACGAACAGCCCCUGCAGUGCUUCUCCGACUGCUGACAUUUGCGGGGAACUUAAAGGCCUGGAGGCCCUCGGUGCAGGUAGCAGAAGAACUGAGGCGGAAGCAGGACUGCCUGUUCCGAGUCAUGCUAGAUGAAUCCUCCCAGCUCCACAGCAGGCUGGUCCAGCUGCUUUCACACCCCGAUGGGGAGAUUCAGGCCCACGUGGCUCGUAUCUUAACAUAGACUUCUCUGUCUGCACUCCUCACCCAUGCACAGCUUUUGCUUCCACACACUUUGCCAAAGCCAUCAACUUAUCACCCUUGAAUUAUAAAUCUGUUGACAUUAAGAGCAGGCUGUGUAGCUUCCUGUGGAUACUCAGCUUCCACUCCCACACACAUUACCUACUGUGUUCCCCAGAUCAAUAUUAUUACCACACAAAACUAAAUGAUCAGUUCCUCCUCACCAGCCACUCCCCCUGAUUUACAGUUACUUACACCAGGAUUAAUUGAUGAGCAAUGAGUGAGCAGGAAGCACAAAAAGCCUUUAUUCAGUAGAGUAUAAAGACAGGCUAAACCUUCUCCCUGUGUUCUUCCUGCCGCCAACACACUGUUUUCAAUCAAAGCUCCACAGUGCCCUUCCUUCUUAGAACCUCUCCUUCCUUCUCUGAAGAUCUUUUCCAGGUGAAAUUUCUGAACCUAAAACCACUGCCAAAAGUUUUCUAGAGAAUGUGUCUGUGUGACCUGUGAAGCAUGGCCCAAUACACCCUCACGCCUGUGGUUGAGAGAGACACUUGUUAUUGAGAGAGCUGGUUUCUUGUUGCACUCCUCAGCAUGCCUUGAAAACACCAAUGAAUGGGUGUACUACAGCUCCAGUCCUUGUUAAUCUAACGACAUGUUGGAUUUAAAUAUUAUGUUCUUACUUCAACGAAAGUAAGAUAUUUUGUCUGUUUAUUUAAUUUGAAAAGCCACAUCAUGAUUUGAGGAAAGCCAAAAUGAGCUUAAACCUCAGUGGAGAUGGUCUCACAUUCUCUGAUUGUAUGACAAGAAAAGGGUCCAGUGUAUGAGGAAGGUUUGGAAGUUGAAUCACUGCCUUCACUGCAUUAAGAAAAGCUACCUGACGUGUUUAUGGUGCUUGGUUAGAAGGCCACCUGAGUAAACCUUGUACACUAACCACAGCUGCCUGUACUCGGAUACAACCGGUGAUAUUGAAUGUCUCUACUGGCCGACAACCACCUGCGAAUCCUCCAGGGAGGAGCUGGAGGAAGUUCCGAGGGAAAAAGGAUGUCUGGGCUGUUACGAUUGUUUUAAAGUUACACAACUUGAAUGGUUGAGAGGUCAACAAAGCAGCGAUGACAAUAGCUGCGAUUUCUGUUCGUGAAAAAUGUUAUCCAUUUAAAACUAGCUUCUUGAAUGACAGCAGUGAUUGAAUUAUGAAUUAAAGCCUUGUUAUGUUAGGUUGUGCUCUUACUGCAAUUAGACAGGUCCCAAGUGAUAGAUCCACAUUUUUAGCUGCAGGACUGAAGCUGUGGACACAUCUGCUCACUUGUAUUCACAGAAAGGAGGAAGGGUGAAGGUGCAUACCUCUGACUUGCAUGAAAAGUCUCAGAAUAUGAUUGUUUUUAUGGCAUGAGUCGCUCCAGGUGUAUAAAUGCUGCACAUUAUUGAUGUUUGGACACUUACUUUAUUUUCACCCAAAUCUAAAAUAUCUCUCAGGCAAUAUAAUUCUACUAGAAAAGAUAGAUCAGGAAAAUGUUGGUUUAAUUUUGACCUAGAUUAUGAUAUUUAUUUAAUGAAGUUGGAUUUUACUGAUGUAAUGAGACGUGUAUGUGAGUUUGAAUGGUUGAAUAAAAACACCAUGAUGAAAAACA